AUGCAACCGAGAAACAAUGUGACUGAGUUUAUCCUCUUGGGCCUCACUCAGAAUCAACAGGGCAAGAAAAUAUUAUUUGUUUUGUUCUUGCUGAUUUAUAUUGUGACAAUGAUUGGCAACCUGCUCAUUGUGGUAACUGUGGUGGUCAGCCCAGCCCUGGAUGCACCCAUGUACUUUUUUCUUGGCUACUUAUCAUUUAUGGAUGCUUUUUAUUCUACUACCAUAACUCCAAGUAUGCUUAGGAACUUAAUCUAUGAGAAGAAGACCAUUUCUUUUCAAGCUUGCUUGACUCAGCUCUUUGUAGAACACUUAUUUGGUGGAGCUGAAAUACUGCUUCUAUUGAUUAUGGCCUAUGACCGUUACAUAGCUAUCUGCAAGCCACUGCAUUAUAUGACCAUCAUGAACAAAAGGGUGUGUGUUGUGCUACUUCUUUUAGCUUGGGUUGGAGGAUUUCUUCAUGCAAUAGUUCAGAUACUUUUUGUUUACAGUCUGCCUUUCUGUGGUCCCAAAGUCAUUGAUCACUUUAGCUGUGAUAUAUACCCCUUAUUAAAACUUGCCUGCACUGACACCUAUAUCAUUGGCCUUUCUGUUGUUGCCAAUAAUGGGGCGAUAUGUAUGGUCACUUUUAUCCUGUUACUCAUCUCUUAUGCUGUCAUUCUGCGCUCCCUGAAGAAUCUUAGUCAGGAAGGGAGGCGCAAAGCUUUAUCGACCUGUGGCUCCCACAUCACUGUGGUGGUCCUUUUCUUUGUCCCUUGUAUCUUUAUAUAUUUAAGACCUCCUUCCAUUCUACCUGUUGAUAAAUCAUUAGCUGUGUUUUUCACUAUUAUCACUCCUAUGCUGAACCCAUUAAUCUAUACUCUGAGAAAUGCAGAGAUGAAAAAUGCUAUGAAAAAGCUUUGGUCUAAGGCACUAGAAUCAGAAAGUUUACAGACUAAUUGUACAGAAUUUAAUGACUAG